UGCCGCUUCGAGUCCCUCACCCUCUCCCACAACAACAUGAUCGCCCUCAAACCCAUCCUGCAGGCCUGGCUGGAGGAGGCCGAGGGGGCCCAGCGGGAAAAAAUGAACAAGCCCGAGCUCUUCAACGGGGGCGAGAAGAAGCGCAAGCGGACUUCCAUCGCCGCCCCGGAGAAGCGCUCCCUGGAGGCUUACUUCGCCGUCCAGCCCCGGCCCUCCUCCGAGAAGAUC